GAGCCAUAGAAAACCUCAGAAACAACCCAAACAUUAUAAUUAAAGAAGCAGACAAAGGUGGAGCUGUCGUCAUCAUGAACAAAACUGACUACAUUCAGGAGGCUCACAGACAACUUUCCAAUACCGCCUUUUACAUAAAAUUGAACUCAGACCCCACACAAGAAUACAAAAAAGAACUGAACAAGAUUGUUAAGGAGCUACCCCCACACAUCCAAGAACAGAUCCUCACCAACACACCAACAGAACCUCGACCAGGAACUUUCUAUCUUCUACCUAAAAUACACAAACCAGGAAAUCCAGGACGCCCCAUCAUUUCAGGUAUUGGCACUAUUACAGUAGGUGUCUCCGGUUAUAUGGACUCUGUUCUGAAACCAUAUGCCAUCAGUGCUCCCAGCUAUGUACGUGACACCACAGAUUUUCUGAGGAAAAUACAAUCUUUAAAUAAUCUUCCCAACAAUACUAUACUAGCUACUAUGGAUGUGGAAUCUCUGUAUACCAACAUCCCACACAACGAUGGUUUACAAGCUAUAAGGAACACCAUUUCAGAUAAAACUACAGCGGACUUUGCCACCAAACUCUGCCAAUUUGUCCUUACCCACAACAACUUCAAAUUCGGUGAUGACCUGUUCCUUCAGAUCAGCGGCACAGCAAUGGGCACCCGCAUGGCCCCACAGUAUGCCAACAUCUUCAUGGCAGAUUUAGAACAACGUUUCCUAAACUCCUACCCACUCAAACCUCUCUUGUACCUGCGAUACAUUGACGAUAUUUUUAUCAUCUGGACACAUGGUCAACAGACCCUAGACACCUUCCACCAGAAAUUCAAUGAUUUUCACCCCACAAUCAACCUAACAAUGAAUCAAUCUAUGCAAGAAAUACAUUUUUUGGACACUACUAUAAAAAUACAGGAUGGACGCAUAGACACCACCUUAUACCGUAAACCAACUGACCGACAAACAUAUCUACAUGCCUCUAGCUACCAUCCCAAACAUACCAAACAGUCCAUUGUAUAUAGCCAGGCACUACGUUACAGCCGUAUCUGUUCCAAUUCUACAGACAGAGACUCUCACCUAAGAGAUCUACAGCAAACCUUUUUAGAACUAAAAUACCCAGCAGAUGAAGUUAGACAACAGAUCAACAGAGCCAGACAGAUACCCAGAGAGAACUUACUGCAAGACAGACCCAAAAAAGAAAAUAACAGAACACCUCUAGUCAUCACAUACAGCUCCCAAGUUAAAACAGUACAACGCAUCAUCAGAGAUCUACAACCAACAGCAGAGAAGCUGUAA